GUAGAGCAGACCCGGUUGAAGCUGCAGUGGGGGUAAGUUAGCAGGUCCGCCGAGGCAGCUCGACUAAUAAAUGUAACGGCGAGGGUUCGAACCCCCUGUGGGCUUCAUUUUUGACAGGACGUCCCGGAGCGUCGGCACGGACACGACAAGCCAAAGUCCCGCUCCUGCUGGAGACGCUGGAUAGCUGCCGCGGCUAACUAGCAAAGUAACAUCCUCUCUAGCUGUUAGCAUCUCCACAAAGCGGAGUUUGUGGAGCCUGCACACUCAACCUUCUGUCACUCAGCUACAGACGCAACACCUGCAGGAUCAAUGAUGUCCGCUGCCAGCAUUGACCCGCAGAUAUCGAAAGGACAGGAUGCCAGCAAAGCCUUUCCAGUUUCAGUGCAGAACGGCUCCUUGCACCAAAAGGAUGCGGUCCACGACAACGAUUUUGAGCCUUAUCUCACUGGACAGUCCAAUCAGAAUAACAGCUAUCAGUCCAUGACAGACCCUUACCUGUCCAGCUACUACGCCCCGUCCAUUGGAUUUCCUUACCCCCUCAGUGAGGCUCCGUGGUCUACAGGUGGUGACCCGCCUAUACCCUACCUGACACCGUAUGCACCCCUCAGCAAUGGAGACCACCAUUUCAUGCAUGACACAGUGUUUGGCCAGCCGGGGGGGCUCAGCAGCAGCAUUUAUCCCCACAGGUUUAACUUUUUCCCAGAGAACCCGGCCUUCUCCGCCUGGGGUACCAGUGGUUCUCAGGGCCAGCAGACUCAAAGCACAGCCUAUGGGGGGAGUUACAGCUACCCACCAAGCUCCUUAGGAGGCACUUUGGUCCCAGAUGGUCAGACUGGUUUCCAUAGCGACACCCUCAGCAAGGCCCCAGGUAUGAACAACCUAGAGCAGGGCAUGCUAAGCCUUAAAAUAGGCGGCGAUGUGACGGCAGGAAGCUCGGGUGUGAAAGCUGCUGGCUCGGUGAUCGGCGGUGGUGCCAGUGUCGCUGUUGCCGCGGGCAACGGGGGCACACCAGUCGGAAUGCCGCCUCCAAAGCCAGCAUCGUGGGCUGCAAUUGCUAGUAAACCCGCCAAGCUGCAGCAACAAAAGACCAAGAACAAGCUGGGUACGUCCAUAAGUGGUGGACCUCUGCCCCCGCCCUCCAUCAAACACAACAUGGACAUUGACACGUGGGAUAAUAAAGUGGUUGCCACAAAGAUGGGUCCCCCUUUGCACCACCACCACCACCACCAUCAACAGCACCCGGCGCAGCAGCUUCACUCUCAUCCUGCCAGCCUCUUGCCUCCUCUUCAGCAGUCGCUACAGUCGGCCCAGUCUCUGGUGCAGCAGAUGACUAUGCAGGCUCCUCCACCCCCAGCCCUCCAGUCCUAUCAGAACCACAACUCCGCUCCAGCACCUCAGACCCGCUGGGUUGCCCCACGCAAUCGCAACUUGUGUUACGGCGGUGGAAGCUUGGACAGUAGCGGCUCCUCAAAUGGCGGCGGUUUGGGAAAUGGAGGCGUAGGGGGCGGCUGCUUGGGACUAGAGCCGGGCUGCGAUUCCCAUCCCGUCCUGGAGAAGCUGCGAGCUGCCCACAGUUAUAACCCAAAAGAGUUUGACUGGAACCUAAAAAACGGUCGAGUGUUCAUCAUCAAGAGCUACUCUGAAGAUGACAUCCACCGCUCCAUCAAGUACUCCAUCUGGUGCAGCACGGAGCACGGCAACAAACGUUUGGACUUGGCUUUCAGGGCCAUAAACUCCAAAGGUCCUGUCUACUUGUUGUUUAGCGUCAACGGCAGUGGCCAUUUCUGCGGCGUGGCAGAAAUGCGCUCGCCUGUGGACUAUGGCACCAGCGCUGGUGUUUGGGCGCAGGACAAGUGGAAGGGCAAGUUUGACGUGAACUGGUUGUUUGUUAAGGACGUGCCUAAUAGCCAGCUGCGCCACAUCCGCUUGGAGAACAACGACAACAAGCCGGUCACCAACUCGCGUGACACUCAAGAGGUUCCACUGGAAAAAGCCAAGCAGGUGCUGAAGAUCAUCGCCCAGUACAAACACACCACCUCCAUCUUUGAUGACUUUUCUCACUACGAGAAGAAGCAAGAGGAGGAGGAGGUGGUCAAAAAGAGCUAUGAACCUGCCACAAUACAGAGCCGACCCCGACUUGAUCAGUAAGUGCGGAAGCCACCCAGAGAGUGCAACCCAAAACCGCAGGUGCGGUGCCCAGGGAACAAGGGACCAACAGCCCCAAGCAGUUGACUGUAGACAGGCACACCCAGCAGAGGACAAGGCACAGCAGAAGCAGGGGAGAACCAGCCUAAAAACUAACAAGAGACCUUACCUCACGCUGGCAGAAAGACGAGGCGCCCCGCCUAUAGGGGCCCAGAGACUCCCUGCAGCCGGACGGGAAGUCAGCCCCACCCUACAAGCAACCGGGCCCUCACGAGCCCAAUCCCCCUCAGGAGACCUCAGGCCGCCCCACCUAACUCGGUCGCAGCAAGACUGCCCAGCAUGGGCCCCAAUGAUGGAGGUGGAACAUCCAGCAACUGCCCUGGUAGAUCCUCCCCCUGAGGGAAGAGGAAGGGAAUAAAAAAUAAAAGAAAUCACAGAUACGCCGGUACACAAGGUCACUACCGCAGCAGCUGGCCGCCAUGCAACACUGCAGAAUAGCAUGCAAUGCACUGAUUGACGCGGGGAUGAGACUCAGCAGGCCCCAACCAAGGCAGGCAUCCGAAAGAGGGUUGACGGCGGGACCCAAGCGCCCCAAACACACAGAUGGGCUGCAGUAUUCUGAAACAGCGACCCCUGUGGGGCAAGCAGGCCCUCCCCCCUUCCCCCCAAAAAUAAAACAGGAUAAGACCCAGUUAGACCCACAGGGAGAGUGUUGCUUAAAAAGAAGGAACUUAUUGACUACAGCGUGGGCUACAGCGGUGGAUGCAAGUAAAGCACUUUUGAGUACUUUUAUACCAUAUAUGGAUAAUCUGCUGACGGUUUUCCCAAAUUGUGAAGCCACCAAUUGUGCACAUUCCAAACAGCUAGUUUGGCAAAAGUAUGAAGGAAGGCAAGAUUGUUUUAUAAAUAUCUCCGCAAUGCCUCCAAGGUUUGAUUUAAAAUUUUUGGGACUUAUGCAGAUCCCAAAUACACAACAGCAGGUAUCAGUAGGUAUGAAAAGUUGGUUUUGCAUAAUAGGCCCCCUUUAAGCACUAAUGUAAUCAUAAUAACAGUGUGUAAUAAUGCAAGUCUUCUUUUCAAACGUUAAAAACUUUAAUUUUUUAUUAUAUAUAUUUUUAGCAUUUAAAUUGGAUGUUCAAUAACUUCAUUAUCCUAAUAAAUAAGUAAAAACAAUAUGAUUUUACUUGUAUAAUAAAUAAAAUGGACUCUCAAUCUACUUUAGAAAAAAAUUGCACCUAAAUAAAUAUUGAAAAUAUUGAAGCAGUUUUUCCCCAGUGUGGACACUUACGACCGCCAGACAAUUCUGGAUGUGGAUAGAUCGAGCCGUUUUGGACUGCAAGAUGCGUGUACGUUCGACCACCUCGCUAGCAUGGAAAUACUUCGCCGGCUACAUCCAGCGGCCUUUGACGCAGCGGAGUAUAGCACCAGCGGGGACCGUCCCGAAGACACGUAAGCGGUGUGAUCGGAAACAGAAGCGCGAAUACCGAGCGGGGCUAACAACAUAGCAAAAGGUUAAUCCCCACAGAACACCGCUUCCUUCCAUCCUGAAGCUGGAUUUAAAUGGAAGACGCGAGCCUGCUAGUCUGGGUGAGGAGCCAGUUAAGUUAGAACAAGUUUUUCUGCUUUGACUGUGUCAGAGUUAGACAUGCGUUCUACUGAGGUGGCAAAUUAUGAUGUGUUCAGUUUAUUGCAGCACCAAACAAACAAUCGGAAAAUUCCCGUCAUAUCAAUUCCUAGAUAUGGUCGUAAAUAUUUUAAGUACACUACGCAUAAUAAACGCGACAUUAUUAAUAUUGCUACUACGGAUAAUUUGAUCAAAAACUCCUCAAAACAGCCCUCCACCUAUAAUAUGGGCGUUUUAAACAUAAGAUCAUUGUCUCCCAAAACCUUAUUAGUAAAUGAGGUCUUUAGAGACAACAAUCUUAACGUCAUUGUUCUCAGCGAAACCUGGCUUUAACCAGACGACUUUUUUGCACUAAAUGAGGCAUCUCCUCCUAACUAUACGAUUUCGCAUAUUGCCCGUCCCCUUGAAAAUAAUAAAUAUAAAUCGUUUGAGGUGCCUACCAUGAGGUCUGUCACACCGCUGCCUCUAUACCUGGCUGUUAUCUACCGCCCCCCAGGGCCCUAUUCGGACUUUAUCAAUGAAUUCUCAUAGUUUGUUGCUGAUUUAGUGACGCACGCCGAUAAUGUAAUUAUAAUGGGAGACUUUAAUAUCCAUAUGAAUACCCCAUCGGACCCACCGUGCGUGGUGCUCCAGACUAUAAUUGAUAGCUGUGGUCUUACACAAAUAAAUGAACCCACGUAUCUCAACGGUAAUUUGAUAGACUUAGUGCUUGUCAGGGGUAUCACCGUUUCCAAAGUUAUGAUACUCCCGUAUACUAAAGUAAUUUCCAAUCAUUACCUUAUAAAAUUCGAGGUUCAGACUCAUGUUCGGCAAGCUAAUAAUAAUAAUAACUGCUAUAGCAGCCGCAAGAUUAAUGCUGCCACAACGACAACUCUUGCUGGCCUAAUGCCCUCGGUAAUGACUCCAUUCCCAAAAUAUGUUGGCUCAAUUGAUAACCUCACUAACAACUUUAACUACGCCCUGCACGAAACCAUUGAUAGUAUAGCACCGCUGAAGUUAAAAAAGGCGUACCUCAUGAUUUACAGAAGAAACUACAGCUCAUAAAUUAUGUAGAAACCUGGAACGCAAAUGGCACGCGACUAAACUUGAGGUUUACCAUCAAGCAUGGAGUGAUAGUUUAAUAACUUAUAAACGCAUGUUUACCUUAGCUAAAGCUAAAUAUUACUCAAAUCUCAUCCGCCUUAAUAAAAACAAUCCUAAAUUUUAGUUUAGUACGGUAGCAUCGCUAACCCAACAAGGGACUCCUUCCAGUAGCUCCACCCACUCAGCAGAUGACUUUAUGAAAUUCUUUAAUAAGAAAAUUGAACUCAUUAGAAAGGAGAUUAAAGACAUUGCGUCCCAGUAGGGGUGUAACGGUACACAAACAUUUCGGUUCGAUACGUACCUCGGUUUAGAUGUCACGGUUCGGUUCAUUUUCGGUACAGUAAGAAAACAAAAAUAUAUACAUUUUUUGGUUAUUUAUUUACCAAAUUUGUAACCAAUGGCUUUAUCCUUUUAACAUUGGGAACACUAUAAUAAUUCUGCCUACAUUAAUCCACAUUAAACUGCUUCAAGUUGUUGCUUUGAUUAAAUAAAAUGAAAAAAACUUUCUUCUACAUAUAAAAAGUGCAACAUUAAACAGUUUCCAUUGAAACUGUUUAAUGUCAACUCAUCAUGCUUAAUUUAUUACAGCAUUUGGGAAGCCUGUAGUUGACUUUUAUUAUGUAAAUGUUGUCUUUUUAUCAACAUGUGAUAGCAGGGACCCUACUAUUCAAAACUAGGCUGCUACAUUACUAAUGAUUCAUGUAACUAUAGCUAAAAAAUAGUACAAUUGCAAUAGGAGAGACUAUUCAUCCUUAAACUCAAUGGAGUUCAAUAAAAUAACAGACAGACAGGGUUUUGCUGCCCCUAACACACACACACGCACGCACACACAGCAAAAUGAGCUAACGUUACGCUAAAAGCGAAUUAGCCUUCAACUCAAGCCUAUACUGUGAGCUAGCUGAGCUGCAGUUUAAGUUUCCAGAAGGUCAACGGGCUCAUAGUGAUGUUUGUAAUAGUUGUGACUGGGAACUGUUUAGUAUAAUUUGGGUAGAGUCCGCUGCUCCCUUGCUAAACGAAUAUCUCUGCUCAACGCUAAAGCAUUGACAUGUGUUCUGAAUACGCACUGCUGAUUGGCUGUUACAUCGCUCUGAAUACGCCCUGCUGAUUGGCUGUUACAUUGCUCUGAAUACGCACUGCUGAUUGGCUUUGUAUGUAACCAAUCAGAUGGUUGUGUGGGUGGGACAAUGCUGGGUGCUCACUGCUCAGACAAAGGCAGAAAGCAGAGCAGCUUGUGAAAACCUCCGCUUCCAAACUCGUUCGGUACACCCGCGUGCCGAACCGAAACCCCCGUACCGAAACGGUUCAAUACAAAUACACGUACCGUUACACCCCUUCGUCCCCGCUACAACUGGGUUCUAUUAACAAAGAUACGACUGUAUAUACUGCCCUCCAAAAUAGUUUCUCUCGCUUUGAUGAAAUAUCAUUUGAAGAAUUGUUACAAUGUGUACAUGGAAUAAAACAAACAACAUGUUCACUUGACCCACUUCCUGGGAAACUUAUCAAGGAUCUCUUUGUAUUAUUAGGUCCAUCAAUGCUAAAUAUUAUAAACUUAUCACUUUCCUCUGGCACUGUUCCCCUAGAUUUCAAAAAAGCGGUUAUUCAUCCUCUCCUUUAAAGACCUAACCUUGAUCCUGACCUCAUGGUAAACUACCGACCUGUGUCUCACCUUCCCUUUAUUUCAAAAAUCCUCGAAAAUUUUUUUUGCAGAGCAGCUAAAUGAACACUUAGCGUCUAACAAUCUAUGUGAAACCUUUCAAUCCGGUGUGAGGGCAAAUCACUCUACGGAGACAACCCUCGCAAAAAUGACUAAUCUAUUGAUGGAUUCUAAUGCGUCAUCUAUGUUGCUGCUCCUCGAUCUUAGCGCUGCUUUCGAUACCGUCGAUCAUAAUAUUUUAUUAGAGCGUAUCAAAACACGAAUUGGUAUGUCCGACUUAGCCCUGUCUUAGUUAAACUCCUAUCUUACUGACAGGAUGCAGUGCGUCUCCCAUAGCAAUGUGACCUCGGACUAUGUUAAGGUAACGUGUGGAGUUCCCCAGGGUUCGGUCCUUGACCCUGCACUCUUCAGUAUCUACAUGCUGCCGCUAGGUGACGUCAUACGCAAAUACGGUGUUAUCUUUCACUGUUAUGCUGAUGAAACCCAACUCUACAUGCCCCUAAAGCUGACCAACACGACGGAUUGUAGUCAGCUGGAGCCGUGUUUUAAUGAAAUUAAACAAUGGAUGUCCGCAAACUUUUUGCAACUCAACGCCAAUGCUGAUUAUCGAUCCUGCUAGACACCGACCUCUAUUUAAUAAUACAACUUUAACAUUUGACGACCAAACAAUUGAACAAGGUGACUCGGUAAAGAAUCUGGGUAUUAUCUUCGACCCAACUCUCUCGUUUGAGUCACACAUUAAGAAUGUUAGUAAAACAGCCUUCUUUCAUCUCCGUAAUAUCGCUAAAAUUCGCUCCAUAUUUUUCCACUAUUGACGCCGAGAUCAUUAUCCAUGCGUUUGUCACGUCUCGUCUUGAUUACUGUAACAUAUUAUUUUCGGGUGUAGCAUUAAAAGAUUACAGUUGGUACAAAAUGUGGCUGCUAAACUUUUGACAAGAAAAAGAAAGUUUGAUCAUAUUACGCCUAUACUGGCUCACCUGCACUGGCUUCCUGUGCACUUAAGAUGUGACUUUAAGGUUUUACUACUUACGUAUAAAAUACUACACGGUCUAGCUCCAGCCUAUCUUGCAGAUUGUAUUGUACCCUAUGUCCCGGCAAGAAAUUUGCGUUCAAAGCACUCCUGCUUAUUAGUGAUUCCCAGAGCCCAAAAAAAGUCUGUGGGCUAUAGAGCGUUUUCCGUUUGGCCUCCAGUACUCUGGAGUGCCCUCCCGGUAACAGUUCGAGAUGCUACCUCAGUAGAAGCAUUUACAGUGGGGCAAAAAAGUAUUUUGUCAGCCACCGAUUGUGCAAGUUCUCCCACUUUAAAUGAUGACAAAGGUCUGUUAUU